CCCGCCUUCGUUCUCGGCCACCGAUUCUUUUCUCUUUCUUUUCGGCCACGGACUCUUUCUCCAUUCUGCCGUAUCUCUUUCGCUUCUAUCCCAUCUACACAGUCGCCGCCACUGCGACUAUUAUCACACGCCAGGGCGAAUCACAAAGGACGGGUAUACAACGGACGCACUAUUGCACUUCGCACAACAACCCUCUUUUCGCACGCGCGCUGCCAUCGCACACUUGACCACUCAUUGCAUUCUUCAGAACCGCACAUUGCGCGUCUAGUAGAGGUACUUGUUUCAAGUCGUAUAUGUUGGAGGAGGUGGGGAAUUCAUCAACUCAUCUUUAAAGUGUUUCGGUAGACAUCUCUGGAUCAUCUGAUAUAUUUAUCAUACAUAAUGGCUCUUCGUUUCCGAAAUGCCACACCAGGUACAAUCCUCUGCCUUGCAGCAACCAUCCUGCUCGCAAUUGUCUCCUUCAACACUCCUUUACUCAAGAGUCUCUACUUUUUGUCGGCGACAUUCUCAUCAGGAUCGUAUGAAGGGACGAUGCAGUUGGGAACACUCGGAUUCUGUGUGACAUUAAAUGAUGCCACAAAUUGUACUGGUCCGACAGUUGGGUAUGAGUUUGAUCCCAACACUGUUUUCGGCAUCUCCUCUUUUGACAUCCCUGAAGCAAUCACCAAAUAUCUCACUUACGUUCUCAUCCUUCACGUUGUCGCUCUCGGUUUCGCCGCUAUUGCCAUGAUCGUUGCCAUUUUCGCCCAUUCGCCUACUUUUCCCCUCAUGUGUCUCUCAAUCUGGAUGGCUGGGAUCGCCUCGACUAUUACCCUUAUUGCCCUUAUAUUUGAUCUCGCAAUGUUCUACAUUGCCAAGUCAAGGAUAGACAGUGUGGAUGGAGCGUCGGCGGAGAUCGGAAUAUCAGUGUGGUUAACGCUAGCCGCAUGGCUAGUAUUGGCAAUUGGUGGAUGUUUCUUCGGUAUCGGCAACUGCUGCGGUUCUUGCCGAGAAGAGCGAGAGACUGGAGACCCUCGAAGGAAAUAUGACAAAGAUGAUAGGGAGGAAGAAGAUUACAAGAUGCGGAUGAUGGCCAUUGACAAUGAACGGCGGAGAAAGCAAGCCCAAGAGCAAGAUCUUCCUAGUUUCCAGGAACUUUCGCCCCUCAAAGACGAGGAGGAAGACAAAUAUCUUAUUGAACCCCAGCGAGAUCAACAAGAUUUGGCGAGGAAUGGGAGUGUGGUACAAGGUGUAGGAGUUGGGUAUGGGAGGAGGAACAACAGAACACCGGUCAACGAAUACUCGCAGCAACCAGGCGCAUUUGCAUGGGGUCAGCCUAGAGGGUAUCAGACCCUGCAGAACAUCCAAGCGCCCCCAAGGGCCGCUAGAAGAUUAUCAGAUGCAACUAGCGCAGGAGACUUUGUUGGUAUCGGAGCUGGAGGAGCAGGUGUUGAUGUUCCGCCCGUGCCCCCUUUAACCCAGCACCAGUCAUCGCAACAAGGUUAUGGUCAAGGUUAUUAUGGUGAGAAUCAGUAUAAUGAGCAGCCCGGACAGUACGGACAAAGCUACGCGGAGCAAAAUCAGUAUGGAAACAAUCAAAACUAUAACGACCCCUACGCCUCUCAACAGCAACAAACCCCUUACGAUCCCUAUACCCAAACGACCUACAACAAUGAGCCUUAUAUCUCGUCCAACCUCUCCACUUAUUCUGCUACUCCCGCGCCUGUGGCAAUGCCUACCCCAGCACCUACACGAUCCCCUCCUCAGUCAGUUCCUAUCACCCAACCAAUGCAAUCUUCAAAUCCCAACCCUUAUAAUUACGCCACCGUAGGAUCAUCAGAAUCGUAUGAUCCAGGACCUCGUGUGACCCAAGCAGACCCUUAUGACGCUUACGAUGAUGGGCUUGGAGCUAUCGGGAUGGCUGCUACGUCCGGUAUGGGCAGGCAUGCGCGAGACUAUACCGGACAGACGUUUGCGUCUAGUUCUAGUUAUCCACCGCAGCAGCAAGCACAAGGCUCAUCAGGAAGUAGAGGGAUCCAAGAACCUCGACCGCGACAUCUGGUGAACCAGAAUAAUUCUUCUCUCUUGGCUUCCCCCGUCUCAACGACGUCGCCGAUCGAUCAUACGAGAAAUGAAAUCAUCGGGCAACCUAUGAUGAUACCGAGCGGUAGCGGGUUUGGAAGUACGAAUGCAGCAGCAGGGGGGUAUGCGGAUGAUUUGUUGGAUGUGAAUGGGUCCAGUAAUAGGCCGCCAAGUUAUUCGGCUGGUGAUUAUGCGGUGCAAAAUACGGCUGUGCCGGAGAAGAGCUCGUACAAUUGAGCGAAAAAUGAAUAGGAUAUACGUCCGAGACGUUUAGAAGGGAUAAGGAAGAAGGAAGGAAGGAGGAAGAAGAACGACUGGCAGUACGUACGUAGUCUGGACCUCUUGUGUGUGGUUUGUUAUUGUCAUUUUUGUAUGCUCGAAUCACGAUAUCAACUAGAAUCUUUUGGACGGACAUUACGAUGGUUAUAUAACGAUAGUUUAUAUAUCUGGGUCAUGCAUAGCAUUUCUU